AUGUACAAUGCAUGGAUGGGUCCAUUUCAUACUAAUCUUGAUCAAUUUGCUAUUCGAUUUAAAACAUACACUGGACUCCGAUAUGAUAUACGAUCUGUUUUUUCUUAUUCGUUGUCAUUUGAUCAUGAAUAUCUUCAAAUAGAACUUGGUGAAGAUAUGAUUGAUCAGAAUAUGACAAAUUCAUUCGGAGUAUUCAAUGGUCAACGUUCAUAUGAAAAAUUAUUGUACACAUUCAAUCGUGUAAGAGUACCAAUCAUUGAUCAUUAUAAUUAUAAAUUUUAUGUUAAAUUGCCAUCAAACAAACAAUCUCAUAUUCAUCGACGGCUUUCUUAUAAUUUUCGAGCGUUCCAUAUUCAUACAUUACAAUGUAUUGUUCGACAACUCGAUAUUUCACCUAUGGAAUAUCUCAAAUGGAAUGAAAAAUCAUUGAUUCAUCCACCGUCAUUUAUUAUUCAUCAUUCUGUACAAAAUGAACUUGGAAAAUCGAAUAUUACUUCAACUUUAAUAUUAGAUAAUCUUUUAUUAAACACAAUCAUCGAAAAUAAAUACAAUGAUAGACUAUUUCUUAUACAAAAUAAAUAUCUCGUCAUGUUAAUGAUCGAUUUUAAUGAAAAUAAUCCAGAAAUUCUACGUCAAUUUGAUGAACAUUCACCGUUUAAAAUUAUUUCUAUUGAUACUAUCGAAUUAGUUAGAGACUAUCACAUUGUAGUGGCAAAUAAUUUCCGUUCAAAAUAUAUCUAUUUUCCAAAUGAUUCACACCUUGGAGAUUCCAAUACUAGUGAAUGGCUUCAUCAACGAUUGAUACAUAUCAGUGAUCUAUAUCGACACCGUUUGGAACAAGAACAGAUUCGUCAACAACAAGAGAUUCUACAGGCUCACCAAGAAGAGCAUGAACGCCAUCUCAAGGCUCUUAGAGAAGAAGAGGCGGAAUAUCAAUAUCGUACCUAUGGUUAUGACUUCAAUCGAAUGUGGCACCGUAUAACAUCGGCAUCACCUCGUUUUAUUGCACAAUUUCGUUUAGAAGGUCGUCAAGUAGUCAAUAUUGAUCAAUCCAAUAUAGAAUGCAGUCUUUGCUACGAAGAAUUCCUUAUUGGUCAGCAUUUCGCUCAAUGGCCUUGUGAACCCAAGCAUACUUUUCAUUUUGAUUGUAUGUUAAGUGCAUUGCGAGCACGAAAUACUUGUCCAUUAUGUCGACAUCCAGUCGAAGCAGCUUAUCUACCUAGUAGAGAGACUGUACUUCAAUACAUGACAAGAAGAGUAAUACCUCGUUUCUAUACUUGA